GCUCUGUCUGUUUUUCCAGGAUAUAGAAAAUUUGGGGCUUCAUGAAUGGUAGUGGCACUUAGGACACAAAGGUAAAGACUAAUCUCUCAAAGCAAUCCAUUAACUGUAGUCAACUCCAGAGAGUAUUAAAAAAAGAGGGUAAGUUCACAAUGAGAUGUCAUUAAUUUCUCCAAGGAUGAUUUGUCCAUGUCCACAUUUUAAUGCUUUAAGCAAACCAGAUAGUUUUCCUUUGUACUAAACCUUACAUCUCAUACCUCUCUCUCUUUUAUGCAGCCUGCAGAACUAUGAAGUGGGGGAAUUAUUCCAUGUAUGCCGACUUUGUCCUCUUGGGCUUGUUCAGCAACACUCGCUUUCCCUGGCUCCUUUUCGCUCUCAUCCUCCUUGUCUUUGUGAUCUCCAUAGCCAGCAACACCAUCAUGAUCAUUCUCAUCCACGUAGACUCCCGCCUCCACACCCCCAUGUACUUCCUGCUCAGCCAGCUCUCCCUCAAGGACAUCCUAUACAUUUCCACCAUUGUACCCAAGAUGCUGGUUGACCAGGUGGUGGGACAGAGGGCCAUUACCUUUGCAGGAUGCACAGCCCAGCACUUCCUCUACUUAACCUUGGCAGGUGCUGAGUUCUUUCUCCUAGGACUCAUGUCUUACGAUCGCUAUGUGGCCAUCUGCAACCCUCUUCGUUACCCUGCCCUCAUGAGCCGCAAAGUCUGCUUGUUGAUCGUGGUGGCAGCCUGGCUGGGAGGGUCUGUGGAUGGAUUCCUGCUCACCCCAGUCACCAUGCAGUUCCCCUUUUGUGCAUCUCGGGAAAUUAACCACUUCUUCUGUGAGGUGCCUGCCCUUCUGAAGCUCUCCUGCAUAGACACAUCAGCCUAUGAGACAGCCAUGUAUGUCUGCUGCAUCAUGAUGCUUCUCAUUCCAUUCUCUGUCAUCUCUGCCUCUUACACCAGAAUCCUCAUCACUGUUUACGGGAUGAGUGAGGCAGAGGGGAGGCGGAAGGCGGUGGCCACCUGCUCCUCACAUAUGGUGGUGGUCAGCCUAUUCUAUGGAGCCGCCACAUACACAUAUGUGCUGCCUCACUCUUACCACACCCCUGAGCAGGACAAGGCUGUAUCUGCCUUCUAUACCAUCCUCACUCCCAUGCUCAACCCACUCAUCUACAGCCUCAGGAACAAGGAUGUCACAGGGGUUUUGCAGAAGGCCCUGGAGAGAGGUUUCUCCUUGUAA